AUGAGCAGCUCUCCGCAGCACCACGAUGAGGACUACGAGAAAUUUUUCAGCGCGGACUUGUUCGUGAACCGCGAUGCCCACACCGCCCUGACGGACGGUAACGACAUCGUGCUGGAGCUGCUUGAAGAAAACGCAGAAACCAACGCCGACUCCAGCAAAGUGAAGGCGUUGCCACUGCUUUGGGGAGAACGCCAAAGCGUCGAGGCCUUCGAACAGGCAUUCCCGUUCCCAAUAGACAUCCUAAUCGGCGCUGACGUCAUAUGUUGGCCCAUCCUCGUUAAGCCAAUUCUGCAAACCAUCAAGUACUUGCUGCUACGCUCACGCAAGCCGUUAGAGACCAAGUUUUGCUGCGGUUUUGUUUGCCGCGCGCAGUCGACGGAAAAACUGCUUUUCCAGGAAGCUCUGGCGUUUGGAUUUCACUUUGAACGCAUCUCAGAAGACACAUUCCUUCCUACACCGCGGCCUUCCGAGGUGAUUUCAAACCGGGAACUGCAGCUGAUCGUGUUUACGCUCGACCCACGGGCUCCAAACUGGAACGAACCAGUGCGUUUCGCUGAUGCUGAGCUGGCGAACAUUCAGACCGCCUGCUAG